AUGGUGUACGUUGUCGCAGGAAACAAAAUUCUAGAUUCGAUCCGUUCGAAAAAUGCGGAGAGCAGGAAUUUCCACAAUUCAUUGAGAUAUUUCCUGGUUAUUUCGCAGGCGUUCGGCUUGCUGCCCGUCGAGAAUAUCAGACAACCCCACCAAAAGCUGCAGUUCAGAUGGAAAAGUUUUAAAGUGCUUUACACUUGCGUAUUGAUUCUAUUGACGGGUUUCUUCAUUUUGACGACUUUCUUCGUUUACAAGCAUGGUUAUAAUCUGUCUGAUUUAGGAACGUUUAACGAGCUUUUUUAUCAUUCGGGUACGAUCGUGACUCUCAUAUUAUACCUGAGAUUGGCCAGGAAGUGGCCGAAUUUCGCGAAAUGCUGGUGUCGAAUGGACAAAAUCAUGGCGAGAAAUUACAACUACCCAAAAAAAUUAGAUAAAAGAUUGCGAAUUUGUACAGCUAUAUGCCUAACUUUAUCUAUCGUUGAUUACAUCUCUAACGUAUACUGCCGUUAUCACGCCUUAGAGAAAACGUUUGGAGAAAAUUACAAUUACAAAAUAUAUUACGAACAUUCUUUCCACAAAUUUUUUAAAGUAAUACCGAUCAAUAUAUUCACCGCAUCUUAUUGUUCACUGAUCACUUUCCACGCUACAUUAGUGCAAGCUAUCAACGAUUUGUUCAUAAUCCUAUUUAGCGUCGUGCUGGCUCUCAGAUUCAAGCAAAUCACCCAGAGAUUAGAAGGCGAUUUCCCGCAGCUCCAAGAAAAGCCGCAGGAAUACUGGAUGGAAAUCAGGGAGGAUUACGAUCGGCUCAGCACCCUGUGCAAGGAAUUGGACGAUCACGUUUCGUACAUCGUGCUGCUUUCUUAUUCCACGAACAUAUUUUUCCUGCUGGUGCAGCUUUACAACAGCUUGGAGUUGGUUAUGGGGGCGGUAGGUAAAAUAUAUUUCGUGUUUUCCUUCGUGCAUCUCAUCUUUAGGAUCGUAUUCGUUUCCCUGCACGGGGCUUGGAUCAACGACGAGAGCUUGGGGCCGGUAAAUAUACUAAAUUCGAUCUCAUCUAAAUGCUACAAUAUCGAAGUGAGGAGGUUAUUGAUGCAAAUCGGUUUCGAUAAUGUUGCUCUAACGGGAUGCAGGAUGUUCAAAAUAACCAGAGGAAUUAUACUGAGUAUUGCCGGAGCUGUAGUGACUUAUGAAUUAGUGUUAAUACAAUUUAACGUAGCAACCACUGAAGCAAAUUAGUUACUGUAUUAAAUAAAUAAUUAAUCUUAUAGCGUACUAAAUACUUAUUAGAAACAGAAUUAUCA